AUGGGUGAGAAUACUGGCAAUAAGAACUACCUUCAUCAGAACCAAGAUUUUGAUAUUUCCCUUGACGUGCAUGCUCAAGGCGGCUCCAAGCGCUUCGAUGAUGAUGGCCGCCUCAAGCGAACUGGGACUGUUUGGACUGCAAGUGCUCACCUAAUAACUGCUGGGUCGGGAGUUCUGUCCCUGCCUUGGGCCACAGCUCAGCUGGGAUGGAUUGUGGGGCCAACUGUCAUACUCUUAUUCUCUUUGGUCACUUACUACACUUCUAGUCUUCUGGCUACUUGCUACCGUUCAGAGGAUUCUGUCAAUGGCAGGAGAAAUUAUAGUUACAUGGACGUUGUUCGAUCCAACCUUGGUGCAGUUAAAUGUAAAAUAUGCGGGCUUCUUCAAUACCUGAAUCUUUUUGGUGUUGCCAUUAGCUUCAAUAUUGCCUCAUAUAUAAGCAUGAUGGCUAUCGAGAGGUCAAACUGUUUCCACAGUAGCGGUGGCAAGAACCCAUGCCAUAUGAAUAGCAAUCCAUAUAUGAUUGGUUUUGGCGUGGCACACAUUAUUCUCUCUCAAAUUCCUGACUUUGAUCAGUUAUGGUGGCUCUCCAUUGUUGCUGCAGUCAUGUCCUUCACUUAGUCAAUAAUUGGUCUCGGUCUUGGCAUUGCUCAAGUUGCAGAAAGUGGAACUUUCAAGGGAAGUUUAACUGGUAUAAGCAUUGGAGCUGUUACUAAAACCCAAAAGAUAUGGAGGACCUUCCAAGCACUUGGAGGCAUAGCUUUUACCUAUUCUUACUCUAUCCUCCUCAUUGAAAUUCAGGGACCAGUAAAAUCCCCACCAUCAGAAGCAAAGACAAUGAAAAAGGUAUUACUAGUUAGUGUUGGAGUAACAACUAUAUUCUACAUGCUCUGUGGCUGCUCAGGCUAUGCCGCCUUUGGAGACGUAUCACCUGGAAAUCUCCUCACUGGUUUCAGUUUCUAUAGCCCUUCCUGGCUUCCUGACAUAAUCAAUGCAGCCAUUGUUAUCCACCUUGUUGGUGCAUACCAAGUGUACUGCCGGCCGCUCUUCGCAUUCAUUGAGAAGCAAGCUGCUGCAAGAUUCCCAGACAGCUACCUUACCACCAAAGAAAUUAAAAUCCCAAUUCCAGGAUUUAGACCCUUCAGUCUCAACUUCUUCCGUUUGGUUUGGAGGACAAUUUUCGUGAUCCUAACCACUGUGAUUUCGAUGCUUCUUCCAUUCUUUAACGACGUAGUUGGUCUCCUUGGAGCUCUAGGAUUUUGGCCACUCACAGUCUACUUCCCUGUUGAGAUUUACAUAGCACAAAAGAAGAUACCAAAGUGGAGCACAGAAUGGCUUUGCCUCCAAAUCCUAAGUUUUGCUUGCCUUGUUAUCACCAUAGCUGCCGUUGCCGGGUCUAUUGCAGGAGUUACUCUUACCCUUAAGUCUCCUAAGCCCUUCUCGACCGGCUAUUAG